ACACACUAUCAAUCCAAUGAAAGAAGCCAUUGUGUUGUGGUACACUACACCUCCAUUGACUGACUGUAGAUGACAAAAGUAAACCACAACCACUACUGCCAUAAUAUUAUUCUGGCAGCAGCGAGCGGAGAUCUCAAAUUCUCCGAUUUCACCAUCUCUCUUCGUAUCUAAGUCGGUGAAUGUGACUGAUUAAUCUGUCAAGUUUGUUGAAUCAUCAUGGACGGGAAUAAAGACGAGGCAAUAAAAUGCGUUCGCAUUGCGAAAGAGGCGAUCGCAUCCGGAAACAAGGAGCGUGCACUGAAGUUUAUCGGCAUUGCGCAACGGCUAAAUCAUAAUUUACGUGUAGAUGAUCUUUUAGCAGCAUGUAAAGACCUUGAUUCCGCAAAUCCCAGCCUGUUAAAUGGUAAAAAUCAUGUUUCUAAUAACCCUAUGAACGGAAAAAAGGUUGAGGGUGUGACUGGAGAGCCAGGUUACACCGAAGAACAUGUUCGGUUGGUGCGUGAAAUCAAAAGAAACACAGAUUAUUACGAGAUUUUGGGUGUCGGUAAAAGUUGUUCUGUUGAGGAGAUUAAGAAAGCGUAUCGGAAGUUAUCGUUAAAGGUUCAUCCCGACAAGAACAAAGCUCCGGGAUCCGAGGAAGCGUUUAAGAAAGUUAGCAAGGCGUUUAAGUGUUUAAGCGAUGAAGGGUCACGACAACAUUACAAUCAAACGGGUGUGUCUGAGGGGGACGAGUACACUCAGCAGUACAACGUUAGAAGACGAAGAAGGAGAACCGGACACAACAUGUUCGAAGAUGAUUUCGACGCUGAUGAGAUCUUCAGGUCGUUUUUCAGUCAAAGUGAUAUGUUUCGUACAGCUCAAAUGUACAGAACCAGAAGGGCGGCAGCUGGUGUUCAGACAAGGGAGGGUACAGGUGGUGGUGGUGGUGGGAGCGGGCCGAAUUUGAUACUGCUUCUUCAACUGUUACCGUUUUUGCUAAUCAUAUUGCUUGCUAGUUUUCCGUUCUCGGCGCCGGAAUAUUCGUUACAAAGGAACUAUACGUAUCAGUUUUCUAAGAUGACUGAAGAAUAUGGAGUGGAGUUUUAUGUGAAAUCGUCCGCUUUUGAUCAGAAGUAUCCUGUUGGGACGGCUGCUCGGGGUAAUAUUGAGAAUAGUGUUGUUAAAGAUUACAAAAAUAUGUUGUGGCGUUAUUGCCAUGUGGAAAUGCAGAGACGUACGUGGAGUAGAAACUUGCCUACUCCUCAUUGUGACAAGCUUGAAAGCUUAGGAAUAGCUUAAAGGACAUAUGUGGAUUGGAUUCGUUAUUUGCUGGUCAUGAUCGCUGAAAUUUUAAGUGGCAGGUGCACUUGUGGAAGCCGGGCUUGUUCAUUUACUUUGUAGUAGUGUUGGCUCGGCUGUGCAAGGUUUGAUGUAGCGCGGAUGUAGUAGCAUUUGUGUAAAGAUACAGUUGUUGAUGGGUUAGAUUAUGAAAACAUAUUACUGAGAAGAUAUAAUUAUACAUUAGUGUUUUGAAAAUAAGUGGCCUUCAAUUA